AACUCCGGUCCAAUCCGAGCCAUUAAAACGCAAUCUGCACACACAUCACUUAGCCCAGCGCUCCAUGUUCGUACUGUUUGCCUAAAAAAUUCUAAAACCCAAUCUCUUUUCUCCUUAAAAUUAGAUUUGUUCUUUAAAGAACAAAUCCAAUUGAAUCUGAUCCAAAGAAAAAAGAGAAAAGAAACUGCAUGAAAUGAUUAUGGUAUCGGUGAAGCCAUUGUUCGUAUUGAUCUCGACGCUUUCCUUAUUCUUGGCCAUCGUUUUGCUCUCUCCUUCGACGCCGUUUUUGCAGCCUUCACCAUCUGCCAACUCGCUCAGCAGUGGCAAAUCGGAUAUAUGGAGCGUGAAGAGAAUUGUGGAGUGGAGACCUUGCAAUUGGUGGCUUCAAUCCUACUUAACUCCUCUACCAGCCAAGAGUAAUGGGUAUAUUCGUGUCAAUUGCUAUGGUGGCCUCAAUCAGAUGAGGAGAGAUUUUUGUGAUGGUGUUGGUAUUGCACGUCUACUAAAUGCUACUCUGGUGUUGCCAAAAUUUGAGGUGGCUGCAUAUUGGAAUGAAUCAAGUGGCUUUGCAGAUGUAUUUGAUGUCAAUUACUUCAUAAAACAGAUGAAUGGUUUUGUCAAAGUUGUGAGAGAAUUGCCACCAGAGAUAUCAUCAAAAGAACCUUUUCGAGUCGAUUGUAGUAAGCGGAAAGGUCAAUUUGAUUACAUUGAAAGUGUUCUUCCAUCUUUGUUGAAACAUCAUUACAUCUCUAUCACACCAGCAAUGAGCCAAAGAAGGGAUAGGUACCCUCAGUAUGCAAAAGCUGCCCUUUGUCAAGCCUGUUACAGUGCAUUAAGGCUGACCAAAUCCUUGGAGAAGAAGGCUAAUGAGCUUCUGGAAGCCAUUCCCAAACCUUUCCUCUCCCUUCACCUUCGAUUUGAACCAGACAUGGUAGCUUAUAGCCAAUGUCAGUACUCAGGCCUUUCUCCUACAUCCAUGGAAGCCAUUGAAGCUGCACGUGGAGACGAUAGAAAGCCAUGGACUGGAGAAGCAGCUCGCAUUUGGAGGAAAAGGGGGAAAUGUCCUCUCAUGCCUAAUGAAGCAGCCUUUAUACUUCAAGCAAUUUCUGUACCCACAAACACAAAUAUUUAUCUUGCAGCUGGGGAUGGACUAAUGGAGAUUGAAGGCUUAACAUCUAUUUAUACCAAUGUAGUUACCAAGUCUGCCCUUCUUAGUAGUGAGGAUUUCAAAAGCAUGCAUGGGAACACAAAAGCUGCCUUGGAUUAUUAUGUAUCUAUAAACAGUGAUUCUUACGUGGCUACAUACUUUGGAAACAUGGACAAGAUGGUGGCAGCAAUGCGAGCUUUUAAAGGAUUGCACAAAACUCUUUUCCUAAGUAGAAGAGCUUUUUCGGAGUUUACUUCUGAAGGGUUGGAAGGGAAGCAGUUGAUGGAAGCCUUAUGGAAGGUUCACAAGGAAGAUUUUGUCAUGGGACGAGGGUCUGCUUUGCCUGACUGCUUUUGUGAAUUCGAAUUAUAGUUUCAAUCUUUUUUUCUCUUCCCCUUUGUGACAUUUCAUUGUUAAUUUUUAGGUAUUCUUUUUGUAUAAUUCUGCGGGAUACUUGUAACCUUUCUAAUUGGGUAUUCUUGAAAUUUUAAUCGUACAGUGUAAUUGGCUUAAAUGUAAAACAUUUGAUGGCCAAUUAGCUACUCCAAUGCAAUAUUUUUCUGACUUUUUACUUUUGCCUG